GUUUAUUCACAAGCCCACAGCCACCCGCAUUUCAGUCACAGCUACCUCAAUGACCUCCACCGAUCCUCACCACAUAUUCGACGACGAAGAAGACGACGAUUUCGAUUGGGAAGCAGCUGCCAGAGCCGUCGACGUCGUCACCCAGACCACCGCAAAUCCCUCCAAUUCCCAUUUUACCCCUCCUCCCCCAAUUCAGAAACCACCGUUUCCUCCAACCUUCAACAACAAGCCCAGUACUUCACGGCAGACCACUCUCGAUAGGUUCAUUGGGAAGCCCGCCCCAAAGCCUCACCCCGAAAUUCGAGACUGCGGCGAUGAGAGAGUGUCCCGUGUUCAAAUUGACGCCGAAAAAGCCAACACUUGGAUGUACCCAGUUAAUUUUCCGGGGCGUGACUAUCAAUUUGCUAUCACCAAGACAGCACUUUUUUCGAAUACGCUGGUGGCAUUGCCAACCGGACUCGGGAAGACGCUUAUUGCUGCAGUUGUUAUGUAUAACUACUUCAGAUGGUUCCCUGAUGGAAAGAUAGUCUUUGCUGCUCCUUCUCGACCACUUGUUACACAACAAAUAGAAGCAUGCCAUAAUAUUGUAGGAAUACCACAAGAAUGGACAAUUGAUAUGACAGGUCAGAUAAGUCCUACAAAAAGAGCAUGCUUUUGGAAAACUAAACGAGUUUUCUUUGUUACUCCACAAGUGCUGGAGAAGGACAUUCAGUCUGGAACAUGCUCAGUCGAAUAUUUGGUAUGCUUGGUGAUUGAUGAAGCUCACCGAGCAUUAGGGAACUAUGCUUCUAGUGUUGCAGUUCGUGAGUUAAUGGCGGCACAAGUGCCACUGAGAAUUUUAGCUUUGACCGCAACACCAGGAUCUAAGCAGCAGACUGUUCAGCAAAUUAUUGAUAACUUGUGUAUAUCAUCACUUGAAUACCGUGAAGAAAAUGAUGCUGAUGUCAGCCCUUAUGUUCACAACAGGGAGGUAGAGUUGAUUAAGGUGGCAAUGGGUCAAGAUGCUGUGGAGAUAAGUAAUAAGAUAUAUGAUGCAAUACGACCAUAUUUAACCAGGCUUAGUGCGGCUGGAGUUCUCCCAAAUAGAGACGCUCAAACGUGGAGCCCAGGCGAGUUACUUAGGUUUAGGGAGAAAUUUCGUCUAGCACCUCCUCCAGACUUCCCCCAAUUUAAGUAUGGGGAAAUUGAAGGUUGGUAUGGAGUUCUUCUUACAGGUUACCACAUUCUUAAGCUAUUAUCAAGCCAUGGAAUAAGACCAGCAUAUGACAUGCUUGAAGAAAAGUUAAAAAAGGGGUUUUUUGCCAAGUAUAUGAGUAGAAGUGAAGAUGUUCAUAAAGCAAAGCUAAGGAUGCAGCAAAGUCUGUCUCAUGGUGGUCCGAGUCCCAAGUUAUCCAAAAUGUUAGAAGUAUUGCUUGAUCAUUUCAAAACAAAAGAUCCACAAAACUCGAGGGUUAUGAUUUUCUCAAACUUCAGGGGAAGUGUCAGGGAGAUAAUGGAUGCAUUGGCAAACAUUGGGAAUUUAGUUAGAGCUACCGAGUUUAUUGGUCAGAGUUCAGGGAAAAUAUUAAAAGGCCAGUCACAAAAAGUUCAACAAGCUGUGUUGGAGAAAUUUCGUGCUGGUGGAUACAAUGUCAUUGUUGCGACAUCAAUUGGCGAAGAAGGUUUGGAUAUAAUGGAAGUUGAUCUUGUUAUAUGCUUUGAUGCAAAUGUAUCACCAUUGAGGAUGAUUCAACGCAUGGGGAGAACUGGAAGGAAGCAUGAUGGACGAGUUGUAGUUUUAGCCUGUGAAGGAUCAGAGUUGAAAGGUUACAAGCGGAAGCUAACAAACAGCAAGAAUGUGAGCAAACACAUGCGAAAUGGGGGAAUAAAUAGCUUCAAUUUUCAUUCUAGCCCGAGGAUGAUCCCUCACAUUUUCAAACCUGAAGUCCAGUAUGUUGAGUUUUCAAUUGAACAAUUCGUUCGUCCUGGAAAGAAAGUCAAAGAUGAUAAUGAUAUUCAGACACCUGUUACUAUAGACAAAUUAACUGUUGCUGAGACUAGUUUAGUUGCCAAGUAUUUCCAGUCACAUGACGUAACAUGGAAACCAUCUCUUAUUGCCUUUCCUCACUUCCAAACCUAUCCCUCAAGAGUGUAUAAAGUAAUGCACUCGCCUCGAACAACAAUGCUAAUUGAUACAAUGCAAUCUUUGCAAGGAUUAUCCUUUUCCAGUGACAGAAAAAUUUCCCUCAUCGAGGAUGAGGUCUGUUCAGAGGAUUGCUUAGCAGUUGACACUGUCGAACAGCGUGACAACAGAGAAGAUUUGCUGAAUCUUGAUGGUUCAAAGAAACAAUCACAGGAAAUAGUACUGGAUUUCGAACUACAAACUACUGGGACAUUGGAAACCAAGGAGAAGCAUAGCGACCAUGAUUUAUCUGAUGAAAAUCCUUCUGGUCACUCUUUUCUCUUUGGUUCAGAUGUUGUUGAUGUUGAUGCUUCUGGAAAGGUCCUUAUCAUAUCUGUCCCUAUUCUUCAUGGCAAAAGUAUACCAAAUUCCAAGUUUACAAGUGCAAGCAGUGGUAAGUUGGAUCGUUUGAAGCAAAGUUCUUGCCAUGUAAGAACAUCAGAUGAAGAACAAACGGAAGUAACUACUCGAGCUGGAGCUAAUGGGGAUCCAGAAAUGGCUCAGAUAGCAUAUAUAAGGAAUGAUACACCACCUUGGUCUAGAUUGUGCGACUCUGAAACCUGGAUGGAGACAACAAUCAAUGGGGAUGAAGAGAAUCCUCAAAAGCCAAUUCUCAAAGGAAACUUUCCAAAUGGAGAUAGUGCUUGUGAGACGCCUGAUGUUCUGAAAAGCAAGGCACCGACAUUGCUGGCUGAUGAAGACGACAACCUUUUCAGAGAUGGUGAGCUUAGUCCAAGGCUUACUAAUUUGAUCAAAAGUGGAGUUGUUCCAGAGUCACCUAUCAAUAAUAGUGGAAUAUUAGAUACCAUAAAUAAGUAUGUAGUUCCUGAUGCUGUUUCGCCUGCCCCAUUACCUACGGAACUGAUAUCGAAGUCUUCAAGUCCUGGGAAAAAUGGAAAAGCCACUGAUAUGGAUACCAGUGCAUGUGAAAGAAAUGUGUCUCUUUUUCCUACUGAUAUUGAAAUUCAAUCUCCCUUGCACAAUAGGAGUACUGCCAGUAUAAAUGAAUCUACCUCCACGUCACCGGUUAUUGACAGAGGCCAAACUGUUUUAGCAGACCUUACAAACAGUAGCUGUAGCAAAGAUUGGUGUAUAGGUUCUGGAGACAAGUCGCAGAGUGUGAAACAGACACGCAAGUUUAAAAGGUUGCGCAAAGUUGGGGAUCAUUGGAAAAGUAGGAAUCAGGAAAGCAUGACAACCAAUGAUGUCCCAAGAGCAAACCUGAUCAGAUCUUUUAUAAGUACUACUCUUCCUACCAAGCAUCUUAGAGGUACCAAAAUAAGUGCAAAGAAGUCGGUUAAUGAUGUGAGGGAAUUCAUCGACGAGGAAGCUGAGGUAUCUUCAGAGGAUAUAUCUGAUGAUGAAGAAGAUGAACCAGACAACUAUUCAAAUGAUAGUUUCAUAGAUGACAGGAUAAAUUCUACGGCUGCAAGUACUCAGGCUGCAACCAGUGGAAUUGACAUGAUGGCAGUGUACAGGCGUUCAUUGCUCACCCAAUCACCCAUGGAGAGGCAGCCAAGCAGUUCAGCUACAUUUUCUCCCAAUUCUGUGGCAACGAUAACUAGGACACCGGAAACUGGAAGUUCUGGUGGAAAAACAUCUCUCUCUCUUCAGACUCCUCAAAGCGACUCUACAAAUCUGCCAAUUGGAAUAGAUUCAAAGUCUUACCAUAAGAAUUGGAACUCUGAAGCCAGACCUUUUACAACUGGUGUUUCUCCAGGAUAUGAAAGAGAUAUUGAAAGUCGAAAAAGAAAAUCGAGUUUUCAUCAUUCAAGAUCUAUUCCUGCUGUCAACUUGGAGCUAGAAUUCUCGUUGCAAUCAGAGGCUGCAGGCAGAAAUAUGCAGCACAGUGAUGCACAUGGGGACAUGCUUUAUGAUGAUCAGUUUUAUGAGGGCCUUGAUCUUGACGCAUUGGAAGCACAAGCUACAAUUCUUCUUAAGCAGAAAUCAGAAUUGCUGGUGCAGAAGCCACAGAUGAGUCAGUUAAACCCAGAAAAUCCUAUCCUUGACAGUGCUCCAUCAUUUGAUCUAGGGAUAUGAUAUAAAUUUAGAUAUAAAUGGUGGCCUGCAGGAGCAGGAGCAUGGAAAAGGAUUGUAAACUCUGGUGGCAAAUUCUCAAGGUUUUCCUUUUCUUUCGUUUUUAAUAGAUUAGUUAGAUGCAUCGGGAGAUCAGCAUCGUGUUGGGUGAAAAUAAAUUUAAUUUAUAGCAAAAUGAGUUAUGCAAAGUCCAUGCUAAAAGGGAAAUGUAUACAUAAAUGUAAAUGUGUGUAAAUAUUACAGACAUUGUAUUCAUAAUUUUAUUUUUACCAUAA